AUGUGUUUUUUAGCUUCCAAGCGGUGUUGUCCACCACCACCACCACCUCCUCCUGUUCCGGCACCUCUACCAGGACCUCCUGGACCAGCCGGUCCUCCUGGAGCUCUUGGCUGCGCCGGUCCACCUGGAGCUACUGGAUGCCCCGGAUGGAAGGGACCCCCAGGGGCAGUCGGAGCACCCGGACCAGUUGGACUUCCUGGUAAACCUGCCCUUCCUGGACCACCAGGACCGCCAGGACCUAUGGGACCACUCGGACCUGCCGGAUGCCCCGGUCUUAAGGGAUGCCCCGGACUUAACGGCGCCCCAGGACUUAUUGGGCCCCCAGGUCCUCCCGGACCACCCGGACCACCUGCAGCCCCUGCUUGUUGCGGUUAGAAGGGCUGAAAGGGAACAGAGCGACAACCAAAACCUGCUGAAGCAGCAGAUCAAAUUUAAGCUUAGGAUAAAUGAAACCCAUUUUUCUGUUUUAGAGAAAUCUGUUGUCAAGCAGAACGCUAAUAAAAGAUGUUUGCACUA